AAACAAGUCCUCCAUUCUCUGAUUUUGGAAUCUUCUCACUAAAGACUAGUAGACUAGUAGAGCUAGCACUUCCUUCUACACUAAGCACAAUCAUCCACAGAUCCACAGCUAAGCCUCAAGGUGUCAAAGUUGGAGACUUUAGUAUUUUUACAGCAUCAAGUUUUAAUCUUUUGGCGUUUCUGAUUGUUGGGUGAAAAUGCAAGAGAGACCUGUCUGCUCAAUAAUGAUGGGGUUGAAGUUUUGACGAUUUGUUCAAGGCAGAACAGUGUAGUGUCAUUUGGGGGGUCUUCACUUUUUCCCACAUUUGGCUAGGCACACCAUUAUGGGUUUCUGUGGAGCUGGGAUUUAGAUUCUCUACCAAACUGUGUCGUUUUUGGGUUCUGUCAGUUGUUGGGUUCAGUGUAGCAGUAGCUUCUUCUUCUUCUUCUUUUUCUGGGUUUUUGCUCUGUCGGUUACUGAAGUUGGAUCCGGGUCUGUUCUGCACUGGCAUUUCAAAUUCUUUCUGGGGAAACCAAGGUGGGGGCUUGAUGCUACACAGUUUAGUAUAGAUUGAUUUUCCAGAAAUGUCGAGGAUCGCUAAAUGGAAGCUUGAGAAGACAAAAGUGAAAGUCGUUUUCAGGCUACAAUUCAAUGCUACACAUAUUCCCCAAAGCGGAUGGGAUAAGUUGUUUAUAUCUUUCAUACCUGCUGAUUCUGGAAAGGCAACCGCAAAGACAACCAAAGCAAAUGUGAGGAAUGGAACAUGCAAAUGGGGAGAUCCUAUCUACGAAACUACACGACUUCUACAAGACACUAAAACAAAGAAAUUUGAUGAGAAGCUCUAUAAACUUGUGGUGACCAUGGGCUCUUCACGGUCCAGUGUCCUUGGGGAAACAAAUAUCAACCUUGCUGAUUAUGCCGAUGCGUCAAAGCCUUCUUCUGUUGCACUGCCUCUCCAUGGAUGUGAUUUUGGAACAAUUUUACAUGUAACAGUACAGCUAUUAACUUCCAAAACCGGUUUCAGAGAGUUUGAGCAGCAGAGGGAGCUCAGAGAGAGUGGUCUAUGUACAACGUCAGACCAAAGCAGAAAUGAUGUAUCCACAGCUAAAAGAAUAUCGUCUUCUGAAGAUACAGUAAGUGAUCAGUUGGAGAUCAAUGCGAGAGUUAGGUUCAAAGAAGAACUCUCUCCCCAUGAAGAGGACAUUAGGCAGAGUGAAGAGUAUCCUGACUUAACUGUAGGGUUUGAUGGUUCUUCCAAUACUUCAGAAAGUUUAUACGCUGAGAAACAUGAUACCUCCAGCACCCAUGAGAUUGACAGCCUUAAGAGUACAACCUCUGGUGAUUUAGGUGGACUGUCUGUUGGUCAAAGUCCUCGAAAAGAGAAAGGAGACCCCUCUGAUCAACGUUUAUCGGCACAGGGGACCAGUGAGUGGGCUCAUAGCUGGGCUUCUGACUAUUCUGGAGAUGCUGACUUGCCAAAUGCGUACGAGGAGAACAGUAGACUUAGAGGAAGCCUGGAAGCAGCUGAGUCAUCAAUUCUUGAGCUUAAGCAGGAAGUAAGCUAUUUACAAUGCCAAGCUGAUGAAAUAGGAGUCGAAGCACAAAAGUUUUCCCUUCAGCUUGAUGCAGAAAUUUCUUCAGGCGAACAAUUAGCCAAAGAAGUUUCUAUACUGAGAUCAGAAUGUUCAAAACUGAAAGAAGAUCUUGAAGAGCAGAAAAAUUCCAAACUAAGAAUUCCAUACACCAGCAGAGAAACUUUUGCGACAGGCCAGGAUGACUUAUUGCAUGAGUUACAGCUCAGGUGGUUAAAGGGGCUUGGCGAUGCAGAGGAUAAAAUAAGAGAGCUUCAAAGCAAAGCAACCGUCGGGGUACAUGAGAGGGACUUCAGGUCCUUUUAUUCAGAUUUAGAGGCAUUGCUUGGUGUUCUGCAAGUUUUAAAGCCAGUAACUGGACAAGCAAUUUUGGGGACGAACAAGGCAAGCAUAAAGGAGACAAAUGAAAUGGGUGUACAUAAAGAUGUGCAAUUAGUGCUAGGAACUAGGUUUGAUGCAGAUUUCUAUCCUGAAGGUAUGCUUCAGGGUCUAAGUAUGCCUGGUGUGGUGUCACAAGAGUUUGAUUCUUUAGAUGCUGCAAAUGCAAUGAAAAGUAAAUUCUUUGAGCUUUUAAGAGAAUUAGAUGAAUUAAAAGCUGAGCGAGAGAGCCUUGCAAAGAAAGCAGACCAGAUGGAGUGUUACUAUGAAGCUCUCAUUCAUGAAUUAGAAGAAAAUCAGAGGCAGAUGAUGGGGGAGUUGCAGAGUCUCAGAAAUGAGCAUUCUACUUGCCUGUAUACAAUUUCAUCUGCUAAAGCUGAGAUGGAGAGAAUCCAGCUAGAUAUGAGCAAUGAGUUAACAAAAUUUUCCAAAGAAAGGCAUGAUUCGGAGGCCCUCACAAAGGAGCUCGAAAGAAGGGCUGCUACUGCAGAAGCAGCACUUAAAAGGGCACGCUUGAAUUAUUCCAUUGCAGUGGACCAUUUACAGAAGGACCUUGAAUUGCUUUCUUCUCAGGUCCUAUCCAUGCAUGAGACUAAUGAGAAUCUCAUUAAGCAGGCUUUUGAAGAUUCCAUGCUUCCAAGCUUUCAGGGGCGUGAGGUGAUGAUGCAGAAUCCUAAACGAGAAUCAGGGACUUUUCAUGCUGGAAAGCAAAUGCAGCAUCCAAACCAAAGCAAUGGGGUGAAAAGACAACAUUUAGACGGGGAUAUACUAUCAAAUGAUUUGAGAAGAUCUCUUCUCUUGCAGAAGGAAACAUACCAAAAGGUUGAAGAAGAAGUUUAUGAAGUGCAUCUGGUGAAUGUAUAUUUGGACAUCUUCUCAAAGACCCUAGAGGUCACUUUGAUUGAAGCAAGUGCUGACUUUGGAUUGGUCAAAGAGAAAGUGCAUGAACUUGCACAACAGCUGGAGCUUUCAACUGAGUCGAAGGAGUUAUUGAUGCUGAGGCUACAGACUGCCUUGGAUGAGAUUCGCUGCCUGAAUGAAUACAAGGAGACUUGCAAUUCAAAGUGCAAUGAAUUGACUCUAAAGAGCCAUAGUUUGGAGGAAGAGGUUCAGAAUCUCACAAGAGAAAAUAAUCUUCAUGCCCAGAAGAUUGCUGAAUGGGAAGACCUUCUAAAAGAAUAUGAAACCUAUGAGAGCAAAUAUAAAGCCUUCACUAUAGAAAAAUUGGAGAUGGCAAAUUUGUUGGAAAGGGAAACCCUAAAGAAUAAGAAUAUUCAAAACGAACUUUCUUCUUUGCAAGAAGAGUUGAAAGCUGUCCAAAAUGACUGUGAUGAGCUGACAUAUGUGAAGGAGAGUCUGCAGAAUAUUGUUAUUUCUUCACAGGGUAAGUUGCGGAAUCUGUUGGCAUCUUAUGACAUGAAGUAUAAAGGUUUGUCUCUUCCUCUCUGCAGUGAAUAUAACUAUCAGGAUUUGGAAUCCAGGGAUUUGACUGGUGUUGUGGUGCAAAUAGAAGAGCUUCAGCACAAUGUCUAUGAGAAGAUUGUCCAGCUUAUGGAAGAGAAGAAUGAUCUAGCACAAGAAAAAGAUAUAGCUCAAAUGUCUUUAAGAGCAGCGGAUUCUGAUAAUCUGAUCAUGAAACAGAAGUUUGAACAGGAUCUACGGGGUAUGAUGGAUAAACUAGAUGUUUCAAAUGCCCUGGUGCAUAAGCUUCAGUUAAAAGUUGGGGCCAUUGCUAACAAACUUCACAUCAGCUCAGAAGUUGAAGAGAGAUAUGCACAGCAGCACAAAAUUCUGUUGACUGAUCUGGAUCAGUUGGAAAUGGAGCUGCAGCAAAUUUCUUCAAAAUACCAGGACCUUGCGGAGGAAGUUAUGGCGUUAGAGACUGUAACUGACGAACUAGGAAGGUGUAAACUGACAAUAGCAGCAUUAUCGGAGGAAAAAGAAGCCCUAGUGGUGUCCUUGCAGGAUAAAACUGAAGAAUCUUUCAAGCUUUCUCUGGAGGUUAAUCGUUUGCAAGGAAGUUUGCUGUCUUCACUUGAUGAGUUGCACGUUGAGAAAAAUCACAAAGAUAAGUUAGCGAGUACAGUUUCAGAUCUCACUGCCCAACUGAAUGAGAAGCAUAGUCAGUUUCUGAAUUUUGAUCAGCAGAAGGAUGAGCUGGUCCACCUCAAACAGUUGUUAUCGGAAUCAGAGCUAGAGAAAUCAAGAGUUUGUGGUCUCUUAUUGGAGUCUGAGAAAUGUCUAAAAGAUGCUCAUGAAGAAUGUUCUUCUAUAUCAGGUCUGGAAUCCCAGUUGUCUGAAUUAUACAAACUUUUAAUAGCUGCUGAUGUUGGACUCAUAUUUACAAAGACUCAAUAUGAGACCAAGAUUGAAGAGCUUGAUCAGAAACUUCACUUUUCUGAUAGCUGCCUGUCUGAUCUUCAUGACAAUCACCUUCAUGUAGAAAAUAUGCUUAACAGAUGUCUUGCAAGCGAAAGGCAUUUAGUUGAAGACAACACCAAACUGAUGGCAAGAUUAAAUGAUGCUGGUGAAGAAUGUUCUUUGGUAUCUUCCCUGGAAGCUCAGCUUUUUGAAAUGCAUGAAGUUUCAUUAGCUGCCGAUGUUGGACUCACCUUUGCAGUAGCUCAAUAUGAGGCCAGGAUUGAAGAGCUUGGCCACAAACUUCACUCUUCUGAUAGUCACCUUUCUGUGCUCCGCAAUAAUCAGCUUGAAAUGGAGAAUAAGCUUAAUGAAUGUCUUGCUGGUGAAAGGCAUUACAUUGAAGAGAACACCAAAUUAAUGACUAGUCUCAGCUCACUUAACUCUGACUUGAAAGCAUCCAUUGCUCAAAACAGGAUACUUCUUGAUACAAACAGUUCUGUGGGGAUUGAACUUGAGGAAUACAAGAAAAGAGGUGAAAAUGCAGAAGCUCAAUAUGAGGCCAGGAUUGAAGAGCUUGGCCAGAAACUUGACUCUUCCGAUAGUCACCUUUCUGAGAUUCGCAACAAUCAGCUUCAUCUGGAGAAUAAGCUUAAUGAAUGUCUUGCUAGUGAAAAGCACUACAUUGAAGAGAACUGCAAAUUAAUGACAAGUCUCAGCUCCCUUAACUCUGAGUUAGAAGCCUCCAUCGGUCAAAACAGGAUACUUCUUUAUACAAACAGUUCCAUGAGGACUGAACUUGAGGAAUACAAGAAAAGAGCUGAAAAUGCAGUGGCUAUUGAUCAUGGGGAUAAAAGUCAGUGCGCUCCUGAGAUUGAAAGGCUGGAGCGUAUAUUGGCGACUUCUGAAGAAGAGGUUGAUAACCUGAUAUUCUCCAAGGAAGAACUAGAAAUCAAAUAUAUAGUGAUCAAAGCCAAGUUGGAUGAACAGUGCACUCAAAUAACCUCUCUGGAGGCAUAUAAAGAUGAAUCGACACUGAUGCAUAAUGAAUGUAAUGACCUUAAACAGAAGCUUGCUGAACAGGUUUUGAAGGCAGAGGAAUUCAAGAACUUGUCCAUCCAUUUCAAGGAGCUUAAGGGCAAGUCUUGUGUUGAGUGUCUCCAUGCACCUGACAAAAGAGAACCAGAAGCGCCACCAGCUGCUAUGCAAGAGUCCUUAAGAAUUGCAUUCAUCAAAGAACAAUAUGAAACCAAGUUGCAAGAACUGAAACAACAACUUGCUAUCUCCAAGAAGCAUUGUGAGGAGAUGCUGUGGAAAUUACAAGAUGCAAUUAAUGAAGUUGAUAGCAGGAAGAAAUCUGAAGCUACUCAUGUAAAGAGAAACGAAGAGCUAGGAAUGAGGAUCUUGGAAUUGGAGUCUGAGAUACAAUCAGUGCUCUCUGAAAAGCGUGAAAUAAUGAAAGCAUAUGAUCUGAUGAAGGCUGAAAAGGAAUGUUCAUUAAUAAGCCUCGACUGCUGUAAAGAAGAAAAACAAGAGCUUGAAGCAUCUUUGCAGAAGUGCAAUGAGGAAAAAGUUCAAAUUACUUUAGAACUCACUUCAGCAAAAGAUUUGCUUCAGAGCUCUUCAUCUUAUAACCAGAGUGAAGGGAAUGAAAAAUUGCACAAAGAAGAUAGCAUUUCUGAUGAAGCAGCUGGUCAUGAAUGCUUGAGUUCCAUUGAUGAACCAGAGAAGGAUGAUCUUGUAUCCAGAGGUAUAAAUGGAAUUUCUAGUGGUUUACAUUUGAAACAAACGGACGUGGUUAAUAGUGACAGGAAGCAUUUGGUUCUUGCAAAUGAGCAUUUCAGGGCCCAAAGCUUAAGGUCUAGCAUGGAGAACUUAAAUAAGGAGUUGGAAAGGAUGAAACAUGAGAAUUUGCUUCCCCUAGAUGAUCAUCAUUUUUACUCAAAUUUUCCUGGUUUACAAAGAGACCUGAUGCAAUUAAACAAGGUUAAUAAAGAAUUAGGAAGCAUUUUUCCUUCGUUCAAUGAGUAUUCUUGCAGUGGCAAUGCAUUAGAGAGAGUACUAGCUUUGGAAAUUGAACUUGCUGAAGCAUUGCAGGCAAAGAAGAAAUCAACCUUCCAGUUUCAAAGUUCUUUCUUGAAACAACAUGAUGAUGAGGAAGCAGUGUUUCACAGCUUUAGAGACAUAAAUGAGCUCAUCAAAGACAUGCUGGAGAUCAAGGGAAGAUAUGCUACUGUGGAGGGGGAACUUAAAGAAAUGCAUGACCGUUACUCUCAGUUAAGCCUUCAAUUUGCAGAGGUUGAAGGAGAGAGGCAGAAACUAUUGAUGACUCUCAAGAAUGUUCGAGCAUCAAAGAAAGCAUCAUACUUUAGCCGCUCCUCAACAACCUCUCUACUGGAUCCCUAGUCAAAGUCAUUGUUGCCAUCCUAUCUUGUUUGCAAAGAAAGCACCCUUUACAGGGUUAAGAGGCUUCCUUAAAAAAAACAGGGUUAAGAGGCUAAAAAUUGAUAAUUCCAGAUGCCUUGAUGCAUUAUGGCAUUGAUCAUGUUAAUGGUGAUUAACGAUGGGCAACAAUGAAUGGUGGUGAAAGUUUUGCAAUUUUAGAAGACGUUAUUGAAAGCCAAGGAGCAGUGUAAAUAACAAAAUCAGCUGGUUUUGUAUCACUGGUAUAUACAGUAUCAUCAGUAGUUCAGUACAGAUCCCUGUAAUGCAAUUUUCCCUGUUGUAUAGUACAGUUCUUUAUAUAUCACUGGUA